AGAGGUUGGAGAGGUCGGACGUGUUUUACAAGUGCUCUGACAUUUUGUGCAAUUUUACCGUGUUUCCUGACAUUUUGUGAAAACGUUUUAUAUGGUUGCAUCAGAAACUGGAUAGUGAAUAUCAAGGAUAUACUCAUUUUUCAUUUGGAUUAUUUAUUUGGAUACUAUCAAACAUUUUUAACUUGAAAUUUUGAUCAUUUUGGAGAAGAAAGUGUCAAUAGACUUCUAAAACUAGCAUCAUUUACGCGUCAUUGCCUAGCAACUCAUCAUUAAACGCAUACUGGCUUGGAUCGAACGCAUCACUGGUAUCUCUUUGCGCAACCAUUCUUUGUGCGCUUAAUUCUGAUUGUUUCAUGUAAUUGUGACGUCACGAUGUCUGGGAAGAGAAAGUCGUCGAAAAACAACUCUGGUGAUAAUGAAGAGACGAAUGAAAACUAUCUUCUAUCACUGAUCAAGAAUGAGCUAGGGAAACUUUCCAAUUCCUUGAAUGCUAAGUUGACCGUCUUGGAGCAGUCAAUCGACAGUAUACGAGAGGGACAAAGUAGCAUUGUCAACUCGCUGUCGUUCCUCAACGAGAAAUUUGAGGAAAUGAAGUUGAAGGCCGAGAAGAUAGAAAAGGAAAACAGAGAACUGAAGGAACAAAACAUCUGUCUUCAGAAGAGAUUCAGUGAGUUGACCUUCCAGCUUAACGAACUUGACCAGUACCACAGAAGAGUCAACUUGGAGGUGGCAGGUGUACCAGAACGACAGGGCGAGGUUCCUGAAAGGAUCGUACUUAAUAUCGCGAAACACAUCAGCCCUGAGCUUGCAGCAUCCGACUUCGAUGUGGUUCAUCGGCUGGGUUCCAAACGCCAAGCUGAUAACAAAGCCCGCCCAAUCAUCGUGCGAUUCACCACAAGACGAGCUCGGAACAUCAUGUAUGAUGGGAGAAGGAAGCUGAAGACUCUCUCCACAAAGGAUCUUGGAUACAACAGCGAUGGCAAGAUCUACCUCAAUGAAAACCUGAUCGCUUCCACUAAGGAGCUAAUGAAAGAUAUCAACAAGGCCCGCCGAGAUGCCGGAUACAAGUUCCUGUGGACCCAGAAUGGCCGAAUCUAUGUAAGGAAGGAUGAGAAGUGUCAACCCAUCAUCAUUCAUUCCAGAGAGGACUUUUCUAAGCUGUAGAAGGACUAUCCAUGUUUUUCCAUUUUCCAGUAUUCUUUUUUAUUUCUUAUGAAAUUCACGUCACAAAACUUUUCGCAUCGAUCAAUAUUUGUGUUAUUUUCCGUGGUAUAUUUUGCAUUCUUUCACUGCCCUUUCAAUAAUGUUUCAAUACCAGACAUUUCAUGGAGGUCAUUUUACUUAUUUUUGUGUGCAAAUAUUCUUCAUCGACCGUUAAUAAUUGUAUCAAAUAAUCUUUAUUUUGUUAACUAUUACAACUGCAGUAUUUUUCAAACUCGAAUUUGGGGUCAUGACGGUAUCAAAUCUAAAAUAUGCUUUAUAUGCUCAGCUUACAAAGAUUUUGAUUUAGAAUGGCAAUAUAUUCUAUUUCAUAAUGGUGGAUAAUAUGCGUGAUUUCCCAUUUUAUCAUCUGAAUAAUGAUGAUUUCUUAUUACUAAAUCAUCCAAGUCAGGAUAAAAGCAACACUAUCUCAAAUCAUCAUACUCCAUUUGAUAGAUUUUCUACUGAUAUUCUUACAAAUAAUUUUGAUGAACUUCAAGUUGAAUUCGAUAUUCAUGAUAAAGCAUACAAUCUUUCCUCUUCUCCAUAUUAUACAGAAAAUUCAUUCAAAGACUAUGCUAAAUUGAUUGGAGAAGAUGAUGUUUUUAUUUUGCAUUUGAAUAUAAGAAGCGCUAACCAAAACUUCGAGAAAUUACGAUUAUUAUUAGAAAAUA